AUGCAUCGCUUUUUUGCAGAGCUGGAGCCAUCUCUAUCCAUCACUGAGCAAAACCUGGCAGACCGAGUUCGAUACAUCCUGCGCUCCAACAUAUUUGGUGACGCCGAACUCGAACGACUACGACGUGAGGCUAUUCCUUCAUCGAAUGGAAAUGCUACGGCUGGGAAUGCGGCGCCACUAGAUGCGCAACAAACUGCAUAUGUGGAUGCUGCGUCAACAUUCCAUUUGUGGCUAAUUCAGACGAUGAUGGAAUAG